AUGAAUUUUGAGUUCAUGGUGAAGAAGUCUGGGACCGAUGUUUUUUAUGCAACUUGCAGGGGUUCAAAUUGGAAAUGGAGAGUGAGGGGGAGGAAGAGGGCACGUUGUGACAUGUUUGAGGUUACCUUGUAUUCCACAACGAACACACAUGUAGCUCGGAUUCUAGACAUGCCGAUAACCGUCAAGCGGCAAGAGUGGGUUGUUGGCCACCUCAUUAAGAACAAGUUCAAAUCGGAUGGAACUAAGUACAAAGCUAAAGACAUACAAAGGGAUAUGUUUCGGGAGUAUGGGAUCAAGAUGAGCUAUGAGAAGGCUUGGAGGUGCCGAGAGAAGGGACUUAUGUAUUCGAGGGGUACGCCGGCGGCGGCUUAUAGUCGGUUACACAGUUACUUUUACGUGCCGGAACGGAAGAAUCCAGUACUAUUACGGACAUUAUCACGAGAGGAUAACAGGUUCAAACCGUUUCGGUCCUUUGCUUGUAGGAGGGGAUUUAAGUUUUGUCGUCCUGUGAUUAGUAUCGACGGCACGUUCUUGAAGACAAGGUUUGGGGGCACAAUGCUAGUUGCUGUAGCGUACGAUGUAAAUAACCAACUGUUUCCGAUUGCCUUUGCAAUUGUUGACAGCGAGAAUCAUGACUCUUGGAAGUAUUUCUUGCAGAAGUUAAAGGAAGCGAUUGGGGAGGUUGAAAACUUAGUGUUUGUAUCGGAUAGGCAUCAAAGCAUUGAACAUGCUGUCGAGGUUAUUUUCCCCGAAGCAUGCCAUUGUGCAUGCUACAAACAUAUUUCUAUGAAUGUCACCCACAAGUUCAAGACUGAUGUAUGUAACACGCAAAUAUGGUUGGCCGCUUACGCAUGGUCGAAGAGGGAAUGUGAUAGACAUUUGCAGGUGCUCCGACAGAUGGAUCCUCCCAUCGCUGCUUAUGUUGACAAUAUAGGAUUAGAAAAAUAG